AUGGUAGGCGAAGUUGUGGGAGGGGAUGCUGCUAGAGAAUAUGCUGAAGUUUGUUAUGUUUCAGCAGCCAUGGUGAUGGCUCCUGGACCUGGACGGUCAGACGGUGGGCAUACACUACGUAAAAAAGGCUCUAUGGAAAGCUCAUUUGGAGUGAGGAAAGGUGCAUGGACCGAAGAAGAAGAUAUACUACUUAGGAAGUGCGUUGAAAAAUAUGGUGAAGGAAGAUGGCAUCAAGUUCCUCUCAGAGCAGGCUUGGAAAGAUGCAGGAAAAGCUGUAGACUGAGGUGGUUGAACUAUCUUAAGCCAGAUAUCAAGAGAGGAGAGUUUUCUGUAGACGAAGUUGACUUAAUUAUCAGGCUACACGAUCUGCUUGGUAACAGGCAA